AUACCUUUGUUUUACUAGGUACUCCCAAACGAUAACAACACACUGCGUGAUUGUUUCUGACCGAAAGUAACAUGACAACACCCCACAUUGAGAACUUGCACAAUACCAUCGGUGUGACUGAUUUAAUUAAACAAAAAAGACGACUAAGCUGCUAAUAAACACAUUUACAGCUUAAACAUCCCUGUCGAUGCACGUAGUCAGCUAUAUUGGAUUUCCGUGUUACCAGCACCAGUCGGAAGUGUCAACUGGAACGCCCCCUGAAGUCGGAGCAGUUACUUCCGAGGUAAAUUGAACGUGGCAUUACUCGGAAAGUCGGAAGAAGAAGCGCACAACCGCGAGAUCAACAAUAUAAGUUUGCAGCACCGUGUAUCCGCAUACGUCUUGACCUGAACAUGAACUUGUCUGUGGAUCCCCAGAAGAACGUUUCAUUGCGAGAGUUCAGCACCAUUACAGACACAGACAACACAUAUCCAGUGCCCAGCCCAUCACCUGUGCCAGCAAAUAUGGGGUUCAGCAAGUACCAAACUUUGUUUCUUAUUGACCUGAUGCAGCAGCACCUCGAGACAUUAGUCGAUGGUCUCCCCAAAACCCUGAAUGACUUCAAUAAACGGCUAAAAUCUGAAAAGGUCAAUAAAAGGCAACUCUGGAAGGACACAGCAGACAAGUUGGGCAACCAUUUUAAACAGUUGUUCUGCCCGAAGAAGGUGGCCAGGAAAUGGAACACACUGGUUGAUGGUUACAAAAAAGUCAAGGAAGAUAACAGAAGUCCCGGGACGAGUGCUAUGCGUUUCCAGUUUUAUGCUGAAAUGGACGAGCUCAUGGGAGGGCAACACGGUGUGGUCUUCCCUGUUGUUGGGACAUCGGAUGGGCUAGAGGUGCGCGAACAAGAGGUCGUAGGACACUGCAGCAGUCUCACAGCCGGCGCUUCAUCCAGGAGGGUUAGAAAACUAAAAAGAGAAAACACACCGAGGCCUACUGCCACACCGACGCCUCCUCUCAAAAGAGGAAGGGUGGAUGACGACGUCUUGCAGUUCCUGCGAGACUCAGAGGUAGCCAGUCAGCAGCGCCAUGAGGAGACUCUCGCUCAACUCAAGUCUGCUCAGCAGGGCUUUGAGGCAAUAAUGACAAAGUUUUUAGAAAAGCUGUGAUCUGUUGCUUCUGAAAAUUUCAAUAUAUAUAUUUUUUUAAUGCAAUAUGUUACAUAACUAAGGUAGUUGCUGCACAAUUUUGAGUGUGCCUUGAAGUUUUUUUGUAUAUCGUUAUAACUUAAAAUAUUUGGCACAACUGUUAUUUCUUUGCAUAUUGCAUUAGAUUGUUUGUCUUUUGGUAAUAAAGGAUUGUUUGGAUAACACUUAAUAACUUA